AUGGUAGCAACAUAUGAAAAUAUUUUUGAAGAUGUUUCAAAAACAGUAGAAUCAAGUCCCAUUCAGAUAUGGACAUUAAAUGAAACCCUAACUGGACUGUUCCUGGUAUUAGUUCUAUAUCUGUCCUUAGUUUUAAAGAUACUACCGACGUUUAUGAAACAUCGCCAACCUUUUCAACUGAAUCGCUUACUAUCAAUUUACAACGCCGUUCAAGUUACUUCAUCACUCUAUAUAGUGUUUCUGUAUUCAAAAUACGUCUUUCGUCAUGGUGUUAUUACGACAAGAUGUCCGCAAGGCGAGGAUUUAAAAGACAGCAUAAACGACAUCCUUCCAUACUUCAUAGCGAAGCACGUCGACCUCUUAGACACAAUAUUCUUCAUCCUACGCAAAAAGCAAAACCAAGUGACCUUCCUCCAUGUAUACCAUCACAGUGCCAUGGUGGGAUGGACAUGGUUCCACUAUAUGUAUCACCCAUGUGAUCACUUUGUGGUCGUUGGUCUAAUCAAUAGCUUCGUACAUGUUAUUAUGUACACUUACUAUUGGCUGGCUUCUUUGGGCCCAGAAUACGCCCGGUUCGUUUGGUGGAAGAAACAUCUUACUAAAGUGCAAUUGAUACAAUUCGUCUUGGUUAUAUCAAAUCUCUACUACCAGCAGAAGUUGAGCCCUUGUCCUCUUCCAGCCGCAUUUCACUACUAUUGCCUCUUCUGCAUCAGCUCUUUCUUCGUACUCUUUAUAAAUUUCUAUCUCCAAAGCUAUAGCAAAAGACGUGUAUCUAACUCUGCUAAAGAGGCAGUAAAAGAUGAUUAA